AUGCUUCUUUCUAGCAAUCGUAACGAUCUUUCUCCGGAGUCUCUGCAGCAAAGCCCAGUUGAUACAUCACUAGAAUUUCUCGAUGGCGAUGCAAUGAGUUCAGAACAGUUAUUAGAGUGCUACCAAACAGGGAAAGAGUGUGCACAUCCGGCUGUAAGCUUCGAUGUAACCACUUCGCAUCAUCCAGACCGAAUGGACCGUCCCGAGGGUGCUUCAGAAGUGUCCUUUGCAUCCUCGCCUAGUAACCCACGAGGCCCUCCCACGGCAGGGUAUGCUCUUACAAGAGAAUCGGACGACAGAAUACCGCGACCUACCUCUGUCCAUACCUCAACGCAGCUUCAGAAGCUUCCACUUGUCUUCGCCGUAGAAGUCUCUAGCACAAGUGAGAGAAUAUUCCAGCAAGAAAAGAACACGAUCUCAUAUAUAGCCUCGAAGCUUGAGCCCAAAGAGCUGGCAGACCAGUCUUACAUCUUACCUUGGGAUCGUCAAGCUCACGAUCCAGUACCUACAAAUCUGAUUGGGGAUCUCCAACAUAGUGUUGGAUCAAACCCAUCGAGCAUUUUUGAUAACCGUCUUGGUCGAAAACGCCUUGAACAGUCAAAGAUCUGGUUCCUCAUGACGGACGGUGUGAUUGAAGAGGAGCGUGCCAAUGACUUCACGAAUAAAAUUGCAGAAGCGGGAUUACACGGCACUCCAUCCGUCAUAAUUGUCUUUGGAAACAGAUCUCGUCCUCCUUCUCGAAGCAAACUAUCAAUUGGCAUGUCUAUCUGUGCACCGUCGCCACACUGUGCGGUUCUUUUCCACGACGUAUGGAGCAAUGAGCCAUUCAUCGUUCAAGCCAAAGGAUGUUUCGCUAGUUUGCUUCCCAAGGGGUCUUACUUCAAGUGGUUCAGUGGAUCAAAAUGGACGGACUUCCCUCAGACUUCCUACGAUAGGCUGCUGAGGGUCCGAGUUCCCCAGUCAAUCCGACUCUCCAAAGACGAAGUGGCCCUGCCCUACAGCAGGGUGUUCGAUAUGAAGUACAUAUACAACGACUCCAUGUCCGACCAGGAUAAAUUGCAACUGUUAUCAAACAACUCUGCCCUCGAUGCGAUAAUGGUAGUUGCCAGAACAAGAGGAGAAGGAUUUUUGGUGAAGUUGUGGAUUGAGAGCCUUCGCAGAACAACAAGAAGAGAGAGCUUGACCAUAGACAGAGACGAUGUCGACUCCCGAGGGCUAACAGCCAUGAGAUUCCUGUUGAUGGCAGCCGAGCAAGAGCUGAAAGCACCAAAUACUCGCCACAAAGAUAUUUGGUCUUGUUUGACAUGUGUCGCACCUCCUCGUUGUUCUAGAUCCAUGCAAGUACAUGGUACAAGCCAUUUGGACUUUCAUCGCGCGUCAGUCAGGCUUCAGAACAAGAGAAACUGGGCCAGCUUCGAAGCCAAGGUGGAGAUGGAACGGGCGGCACUUAUGCGUGUCACCAAAGGGUUACAAGAGGUCCAGUCCGCGAUAGAGAUACUAGAUGACCCUUUGCCAAAUGAUCCAAGUCUCGCCACAGCUGACACCUUUUGGUACCCCGCUAGUGGAGUAAAGACUGCGAGAGACAAUGAGAAGCUUCCGGCAUCAGUUCUACCAAAGAAGUUGGAUAAACAAGAUGUCGACAAGUCACUCUUUCUCUCUGGCUUCAAGGGCACCCGGAAGCUUGAAAAGGCUGCACAGUCAAGGGCAUACGCUACCUGUCCAAUAUGUCGAGAGCCGAAUUCGAUCCAAGCAUUGCUGCUGCGAGCCAGCCCUAAGGAAAACAAAACUCCACAACUUCCAUCGCCUAACCAAAUGCUCAAGCUGACGUGUCCUUUGGCGUUGGGGAAUUACCCAGAGGUGGACAUCAUUCUUCCACUUACAUGCUGCGAUGGCUGCGCAUUCCUUCUCCUGAGAACGAACAAGCAAGCCACCACCACUCAAACGAGCCAUCAGGUCGCCGCGGCACUGCCACUUGUAUCGCUCCAAGACAAGCAGAAUCGAAGGCUUUGGAGGCAGACGCUCGCAGAGGUCUUCAGACACCGUUUCCACGAUAGUGAUGUCUUGUCUAUCUUCCUCGCUACCAUCUGCACCGAAAUUGAAAACGUCCCCAGCCUGACUCGCUCAAAGAGCCUCAAGUGGUGCAGAGACGAACUCUCCCGACUCCCAGGAAUCCACGUACCCCAAAGCUCCAGCCCGAAGCUCGUCACUAGUCUUCCAUCAGCAGUCGACAAUAUUGUUCCGCCGCAACAGGUCGCCUUCUUUGCAUGCCUAGGAAACAAAUUCUAUCUCAAGGCAGUUCUAUCGCAGCCGGUCGAGGGGUUCGUUGUACUAGUUCAGUUAGCGACAUCGAUGAAUGUUGUUAAACCAGAGGCUAUCCGGAACCUGGUUUGGAAGCGGCUUUUAUGUCAUUUCAUAGAACAAGACUUGCGUCUGCGAACUAAUUUUGGGAUGAAAUACGCCUACACGAUGUUGCAAGAAAUCAUACAACAAUCUCCGUCCUCCAGCCACGGGCAUCAUGGCAAAUUCGUUAUAGCUCUCCCAAAGCAACGAACAUCUAUAUCACUGACUUCUCUGGUCAAUACCUACUUUAUCCCGCCGGGAUCGAGCGCCAUAUCGCACUUUCUUCGCAUACCCUGCUUCGAGGAAUCGUAUAGUACGACAGAGUAUAAUGCAGCGCUAGCAAUGUUUUUACAUUUACUGGCCAGCAUCGAGUAUCAUGGUGAGGAGGCGACGGAUGUUUUGGAAGAGAUGAAGAGCGUAGCAGACAAACUUCGCGAUGUCGGAGAGGACGUGAGGAGUGUUUUUGAGGAUCCAACGUCGGUUGACGAGUCUGGUUCUGCUUAUGCCAUUGCUCAUUUAGAGUCAUGGCUGAAUUUCACUGUGCCAAGGAAUUGA